AUGCUUCCCACAACUCCUCCCCGGAGCCGCGUCCCACUACCGGCGCAGGUGAACAUCACCUGGAAUCGCGCGCUCGCCGGCAUGCCCGUUUCUCCUGCUUCGACUCGACAUUCCAAGGACUUUGACCUUCAUCUAUCGGAAGAGCUGUACCCUGAUUACGACUAUCCCAUUCGGAGCCAAGCCAUCGACGAACUCCCCGACUGGGCUCUCGAGGUGAACCCCUCCUUGUGCAGCGACGCGCUCCUAAAUGCCUCUCCCGCGAGCGUCAAGAGACUUGGGGAUCGACUGAUGCUCCCCGAGUAUAAUCUAACCUUCGGGCAAGCCGGCGACAUCAUUGCUUCGGUAGCUGAUAGUACCUCGCCCUUCGGUCAUGUUAAACCGUUCUCGAUUCUGCACGAUGAAGGUCUUGAGGAUGACAGCGAUGACGACGACGUCAGCCUGGAUUUACCCAGGACCACCGUGAUCGACAAGGCCGAAUAUAUCCAGGCAGUGCGCGAGGAAGAUGCUACGCCGAACGAGGACAAGGAGAACGAUGACCUGGAAGGCUCUGACAGCGACGACAUCGAAGAAGAGGAUAACGAAGAAGAUGACGAUGCCUCAGACGAGUACGUUGCGAGCGAAGAUGACGAGGACGAGGACUACCAGCCCUAUCGACCCACGAGACGCAAUGUAUCGCGUCGCGGUCGUCCACCCCAUCGCGCUGUCUACCUGCCUCUUUCGCCGAUCAAAGGUGGCGAGAACUGCGUUGUCCAGUCAGGCAACAAGCGACGAAGGCGCUCCUCCUCGAGCCCCUCUCCAUUCGAUUCCAAGAGGGCGAAGGCUUCGGACGAAGGCAGCGCAACCCACAUUUCCGCUACAAAGGCUGCCAACCGGCUGAAAAAACACUACAAACGCGACAGGGCCCUCCGAAAAAUUGCGCAAGGUCUGCCUCACCGCGAACUACCCGAUGGGCGCGUUCAAUGCCAGGUCACAGACUGCGGAAAGCUGCUGAGCAAGGGAGCAUGGGAGCGACAUGCAAAAACGCAUCUUCGCGGAUUUGUCGCCGCACUUUGCCUCGCCUGCGGGAGGACCUUCACGCGCACCGACCCCCUAUGUCGACACCUCAACACGAAUCAUGGGCAGUGCAUCGAGCAGAACCUUGGGACGGACGAGCAUGCGAAGUCCUGUUGCAAGCCCCUGCACGAGUACAGGUCGAAGAAGGCGGGCUUGGAGCAGGGGCGUGGACUGGACAGGCUGUCAAAGGAUGAGCUCAAGAAGGCAGUCCAAUGCCUCGCUGCCCUCGAGUGAUUGUUAUGGCUUACCGGGGCUGCUGGGCUGUUUCUGGUCGUCGUCAAAGGUUGUAAACGUAUCUGACCGUAUUUCACGUAUUUACACAGAAACCAGUGGUACCAUCAGGGAAAGCGAG